AUGCUUCCUCAGCGAAUGAAGAAAGCCGUUACUGAUAACCCUAAAAAGCUCACAAACUUGAUCGAUCUCGUUAACCUUCCUCCCACUCUCAGAGACUUCGUCGGAUUGGAGAAUUUAAACUUCGGCGACUUCAAGUUCGCUUCCGUUCCCAAUCAACCACUCCCUUCCACCUCCGGUUGGGGCAACUUCGUCAACCAUUCCAAUCACAUCAAUGGCACCACCGUUUCAAAACCCUCUGAUCCAUUUACAGUUUCCCCGGAUCCCCUCGGGAAAACCGCAAACAAAGCUCGCGGAGCUAUUCCGCUUUCAAUCUUCGGCGAGGAAGAAGAUGAUGAACCUGUUUCUGAUUCCAGUUCCAAUGAUUUUUUCUCCAACGGUGGUGGUGCUGUUGUGAAAAAGGGAUCCGAUUCGAAUGGUUCCGUUGGAAUUAGUGAUUUGAUUUCCAAUUUGUAUCAUCAGCAAAACGGAUCAGCUUUGAAAUCCAAUGUCGGCUCUACCAGUCCGAAGAAAUCGAGUGUAAACGAUUUGAAUCAGGAUGAGGACGACGACGAGGACGAUGGAUGGGAAUUCAAGUCUGCGGAACGGGAAACUGUAAAUGAAAACUUCAAUGUUAAGGUUGAAACGCCCAAGCAUGGUAACAGUGCAGUUGGAGCUGGUGCUUUGUUAGACUCAUCUGACAAAGUUGGUGAACGGAACCUGGGGUUUAAGUUCAGUCCUAUUUCUACAUCUCACAGCCUACAGCUAAGUCCGAAAGGUGAAUCAAAUGAAAAUGGAGCUGGGUUUACCAUGUUCAAUCAAACUUUUGGGAAGUUGGCAAAUGCACAUUCAUGGCCAGGAUCAAAUCAAACUUUGAUCUUGGUAAUCUCAUCUAUUGGGUUGAUAUUUUUCAUAGCAUUGUGUUAUCAUCUCAAAAAGAUUCGAGAUCAAAAGAUCAUUCCGCGUUUAAGAUUAUCGCGUGCAGGUCACCCCCCAAAGCUUGAAAGAUUCUCUCAUUACGUAGCUAGGCAAAUGGGGUUCAAGGAUAGGAGAAUCGGUCCUGAUAUAUGUAGAUUGGCUUCUGAAUACAUAAGCAAAUAUGAAGGGUUUGAAGAUGAUAUAUAUGCCUAUUUUGAGAAUGAACCAGAUGCUGAUUCACUUUAUGUCAAGUUGGUGGAAGAGUUUGAGAGAUGCAUUCUUAGUUACUUUGGAUUUCAUUGGAACCAUUGUGACAUAUUGAUAAGUCAGGUUUUGAGCUCGGACAUUUCUGAGCCAAAAAAGAAGCUAAAGAACAUAGUUAUGGUUGCUACUAGGGAUCAAAGGUUCGAGAGAGUUGCCAAGAGUCUGAAGGUGGCUAGUGUUUUUAAUACAUUAGUGGAAGAGAUGAAAGCGAUGGGUAUUGCAGUAAACGAUGACUCUCAAUGUACAGAGGUAAUGGCUCCUGUGGCUCACAGUGAUAGGAGCCCGGUCCUUCUUCUAAUGGGGGGAGACCUAUGGGGGCUCCUGCAGUAUGCAUUAAAAGAAAAAGGAAUUGUAUUUCUUGGGCCUCCUGCAGUAUCUAUGGGGGCAUUGGGAGAUAAAAUUGGUUCAUCGUUGAUCGCUCAAGCAGCCAAUGUGCCAACCCUUCCAUGGAGUGGUUCACAUGUGAAAAUUCCUCCUGAAAGCUCCUUGAUUACUAUUCCUGAUGAAAUCUACCGAGCAGCAUGUGUUUAUACAACAGAAGAAGCAAUUGCAAGUUGUCAAGUUGUUGGAUACCCUGCAAUGAUCAAGGCGUCUUGGGGUGGUGGUGGUAAAGGCAUAAGAAAGGUUCAUAAUGAGGAUGAGGUAAGGGCAUUGUUCAAGCAAGUUCAAGGUGAAGUUCCGGGAUCACCUAUAUUUAUAAUGAAAGUUGCUUCCCAGAGCCGGCAUCUUGAAGUCCAACUGAUUUGUGAUCAGUACGGAAAUGUUGCAGCUUUACACAGCCGUGAUUGCAGUGUUCAACGAAGGCAUCAAAAGAUUAUUGAGGAGGGUCCGAUUACUGUAGCACCCCCAGAAACGGUGAAAGAACUUGAACAAGCGGCUAGAAGAUUAGCUAUAUCUGUAAAUUAUGUUGGGGCAGCUACAGUUGAGUAUCUUUAUAGCAUGGAAACUGGCGAGUACUACUUUUUAGAGCUGAACCCCCGUCUACAGGUUGAGCAUCCUGUUACUGAAUGGAUAGCUGAGAUAAAUCUGCCAGCAGCACAAGUUGCCGUUGGGAUGGGUAUCCCUCUCUGGCAAAUUCCCGAGAUUAGGCGUUUCUAUGGGAUGGAACAUGGUGGAGGGAAUGAUGCUUGGAGGAAAACAUCAGUUUUAGCUACCCCUUUUGAUUUUGACAAAGCACAGUCUACAAAGCCAAAGGGUCAUUGUGUGGCUGUGCGAGUGAUUAGUGAGGACCCCGAUGAUGGUUUUAAGCCUACAGGCGGGAAAGUGCAGGAGCUCAGCUUUAAAAGCAAACCAAAUGUUUGGGCUUACUUCUCUGUUAAGUCUGGAGGAGGAAUCCAUGAAUUUUCAGAUUCUCAAUUUGGACAUGUUUUUGCCUUUGGAGAAUCGAGGGCUUUAGCAAUUGCAAAUAUGGUUUUGGGGCUGAAGGAAAUUCAAAUUCGAGGAGAAAUUCGUACUAACGUUGAUUAUACAAUUGAUCUUCUGAAUGUAAAUUUUUAUCAUGAUGACAAGGUAAUGAAGUUUUGUAAAACAGGUUGA